CGUUCUCGCCCAGCCGUCCUGUACGGUUGCCCGUUGGGUCAUCGAACUGUCUUGAACGGAAACACACCUACAAUCGACGGCAGUGCAAUUUAUGGGUGGGACAAUUAUCGCGUCAAACAACUCCGAGAGUAUAAGCAUGGUCGCAUGAAGGUGUCAUAUCCGCACUCUCCAAAUGGGCAGUAUUUGAAACCAAUGCUGCCGUACCAGUUGGAAAAUCCGGACGAUCAAUGCUGGCGCGAUGGAAAGAAUCAGUACUGCUUUUUGGCAGGAGAUAAGAGGGUUCAGACACAACCAGGUCUGGUUGCCAUGCACACCAUUAUGGUUCGUGCCCACAACUGGUUAGCGGAUCAUCUGUAUCGUAUCAAUCCUCAUUGGGGAGACGAGCGGCUGUUUCAAGAAGCCAGACGAAUCAUCGCAGCUUUCCAACAACAUAUCACUUACAAUGAGUACUUGCCCAAUCUGCUCAAUCAAUACGAGAUGGAUACUUGGGACCUAUGGGUUUCUCCGUUAUACACAAAAUGGGGUUGGGAUCCGACGUGGGACCCACAAAUCUCCGUCUACUUCUCAAGCGCUGCCUUCCGAUACGGACACACCAUCGUUCCGUGGAAAGUUGACCUUUACUCGGCGUCGCACAAGCCAAUCGGCUGGUGGCCUCUGCGCGAUGUUUUCUUCCGCACAAAGUACUACUCCUCGCCCGGAGUGCUCGAUCAUGUCAUUCUCGGGGGUCUCAAUCAGCCAUCAGAAUAUGUCGACAGCGUUGUCAAUGACGAGUUGAGAAACUGGUUGUUCGCCGCGCCUUAUGCCAAAUACGGCGAUGAUUUGGUAGCCACGAACAUUCAGCGUGGUCGAGAGCAGGCUAUCCCAGGUUGGCUCACGUUCUGGAACUUUUGCAACAUCAAACCCAAUAUUUACUCUUGGAAAGAUAUGUACUAUGUGAUGCCCAACGAUACUGUGAACCGUCUGCGUCAAGUUUACGAGAACCCGAAGGUGCCCUGCAACUCAAACAUCAUACCAAAAUUCAAUCUCGAGCCGUGGAGGGAACCCGCCCCGCCAUUUUACCGCGGCUAUAAAUAGAUUUAGCUUCUGCAACUGUGCCAAGACUUCAUCCCCCAAAAUGCGUUUUUCCUGAUUCCUCGUUUGUCUCUGUGCCGAGGUAGAAGUGGUCUUUGAUAUAAGAUGGCUUCCGCUUGAUUGCCCUUAACGUAAUAAAACGCUUGGCAUGUGAAGCAUUGUUAAUAAAGCAAACGACGCUCGUGAAUCAGCUUAAAAUGCAAGCAAGGCUGGAAUUGUUCAAGGAGAA